CUGUGGCCUCUCUACCAGUGGGGGGGUCACAGGGUUCGUAAAGCGUAUAGCCGUAGUCAGCGACAGAUACUCCAACAGAUAGCCCUGUUAAUGAUUGUGUCAUUAAAGGCCGAAGCGACUUGGUUUGAAGAUAUACAAGAGACAGGUAUACGCGGGUGAGUUUGAUAUCGCGAGGCGUGACAGAUGACCCAUCGUCUUCUACAACAAGCCCAACAAAUCACCGCAGCUACCACCACCAUCUUCACUUCCACUUCCACUUCCACUCCCGCCAACAACACCCCGACGACCGCGACCGCCGACACCACGACGACGAUGUCGACCCCCUCCCGCCCCAACAUCACGCUCUACACCGACUCGACGCCGAACGGGAUCAAGAUCUCGAUCGCGCUCGAGGAGCUCGGCCUGCCCUACCGCGUCGAGCACAUCGACAUCUCGACCAACCGGCAGAAGGAGCCGUGGUUCCUCGAGAUCAACCCCAACGGCCGCAUCCCGGCCCUGACCGACACGUUCCGCGACGGGGAGCGCAUCCGCCUCUUUGAGGCCGGCGGCAUCCUCCAGUACCUGGCCGACGAGUACGACGCGCAGGACCACCGCAUCAGCUUCCCGCGCGGCACCCGCGAGUACUACGAGAUGGUCAACUGGACGUUUUUCCAGAACGCCGGCCUGGGCCCCAUGCAGGGCCAGGCGAAUCACUUUGUCAGGUACGCGCCGGAAAAGAUCGAGUACGGCAUGAAGCGCUACGUCAACGAGACGCGCCGCUUGUACGGCGUGCUCGACAAGCACCUGCAGGCCUCCAAGUCCGGCUUCAUCGUCGGCGACCACAUCUCGGUCGCCGACAUCACCACCAUCGGCUGGGUCAUCUGGGCCGGCUGGGCCGGCGUCGACAUCGACGAGUUCCCCGCUCUCAAGCAGUGGGAGGAGAUGAUGACCGCCCGCCCCGCCGUCAAGCAGGGCUGCGACGUGCCCAAGCCGCUCACCAUCAAGGAGCGCCUGAAGGACAAGGCCGGCAUGGAGGCCUACGCCAAGAAGUCCAGCCAGUGGAUCGUCCAGGGCAUGCAGGACGACGCGAAGAAAUAGACCGGUAGAGAAUGGGACAAAGUCGUGGCAUUGUGAAAUAUACUGGAUACCUACAAUGGCACGCUCCAUAGUUGGUAGGAUCCUUCGGCCAGGGCUGCAAAUAGCCCAACCGAGGGAAUAGACACACCUACCGUACAAUAUCG